UUUUCCCUAUUUAUGAGUUUCUUUCAAACCUCUCUCUCAUUUGCUGAGGUUGUGCGUUCCCAACGAGUUCUAGAUCAUCGCUGUAUCAGUCUAUCUUCCGUCGCUGUUCACUGUUCCAGAUCGUCGUUCGCCACUGUUCGUUGUUCCAAAUCAUCGUCUGCUGCUGUUCAUUGUUCCAGAUUAGUGUUCAUCGCUGUUUGUUCAUUUCUGUGUCAUGUCGCGCCAUCUGUCUCUGUUUUUGCGCUGCCAUCGCCGUCACCGCCAUCUCCUGCAUCACUAUUCUAGAUCUACAUUGCUAUUCCAGAUUUGUGCGGCUGCUGUACACCGGAGGAAGCGACACCGUGAAGACCUCCGUUGUAGCCGUGUGUCAUUGCUGUACAGUCGAGGAAGCAACGCUGCAAAGACCUCCGCUACUGCCGUGAAGACUUCCGUUUUCUGCCGUGAAGACUACACUGUGAAGGUACCUACACAAUUACAAGGUUGGGAGUGUGGAUACUAUGUUAUGAAGUUUAUGAGAGAAGUAAUCACACAACAAGAGUUGAUCAUUCCUGAAAAUGUAAGUCAAAAACUUUAAAAUUAAGUUGAUAUAAUGUUAAUUCCUUAUAUAUUGCUUUCAUAUCUUGUGUAGUAUUUUGUUGGAGUAAGAUGUUCGUAUUUUACU